GUUCACCUCAAGCUAUUAAAUAUGGAUCUGAGAUGAAGAGAAUGACUCAAGAGUAAGAGCACUCAUCAAUGUAUUUCUAUGUUAUGGUAUUCUGGCAUAAAAUUAGUGCAUAACAUAGCAGUAUCAUUAUCUCGCUCAGGUGUGGGUUGACAUUUGCAUAAAGACAAACCUCCUGGACUGCUUUCUAAAUCUCCAUAUUGAAGCCAUGUGUAUAUGCUGUUAAAACUGAGACUCUGCGAAUAGUUCGAGUAUAUGGGCAUGCCAGAACAGCUAACCUGUAUUUUUCAAUCUGCUGUUACUGAGAUAUGAACAUAUCACGUCAUACCUGAUAUCUUCAUAACCAAUAAUGCUUAUCAAUAUUAAGGGCUAUAAAACACACGUGCGUUAGUGGUACAGAUGUUACGCACAGCUUACUCAUUAUUCAUUGAUAAUCUCAUUAUUUAUCAAAGAUAUUAACGUAGUAAGUAACUAUCACAAUGAAAAAUAUCAAUAUGAGGUUGUUCGCAAACAAGCUAGAUAUCAUUUACUGUACGAUUAUGAUCUCUGAGAAAUAGCACAGGUGUCAAGAAAACUCAUUUGACCAAUGAAAACUAAACAAUUUACAUUGUAAAACCACCAAGUGGUCAUUUUUUGUCAUUGACUUUAUAUCUCUUGGUUAAUUAUCACUGUAAUGAAACUGAACGUUAUAAGUUACACCCUCCCAGUAAAAGUGUUAAGGAGUAGUUUAUAUCCCAUCAGCAUCAGGGGCAUUGGUGGUAACCCAUUCAUUUAACUUUUCACUGGAACUAGUGUGUAUCUUAAUGAAUUAUGAACAUGACAAUCUUCCUAACAGCUCUGUAAUACAUUGGUGUUUGUUAUUGUCAUUACUAUGCCAGUUAAUAUUAUGGUUAUUGGUGAACUUCUUGUUGUUAUGGUUAUAUUAUGAUUAUGAUGGUGAUUUUUUUUUUCCUCUGUGGUUUUAGUGUUAACUUGUUUUAGAUAUAUUUCUCAUGAAAUUCUUUUGAAAUUAUGAGUAGAAAAUAGAAGCACAAACUUUAAAGCCACAUUGUUUGCCAAUUCUUCAUGCAUUCCUAAUGAUGAGGAGUGCCUUCAAAAAUUUCUCAAUGUGAUGUCACAUAGUAAUUGUUCUAAGCCUGCAAAUGCCAUUACUUGUUGCAGAGACAUCACAAUGGGUUUAUAAAUGAUGUCAUGGGAUGCAUGUUGUAUGUGUGUAACCAAAUGUCGUCUUUUGGUUGAUUAAGUGAAAUUUCAACUUUUUAAUGUUUCUUUCAGGGACAAUUAGAACAGCUGAAUCGAUUUCAUAUUUUCCUUGUCAUAACAAGUCUGUAGCAAUGUCUGUUUUGUAUCCACAAGCCAUAAUUAUGAAAAUGUUUAUGGAAUUUAUCCACAAGGCAUAUUACUGCAGAAAAUAACAAACAUUGGAUGUGCAAAUAAAGCCCUUAAGCAUUUUAAAAGGUUGGUAGCCUACAAUGGGAUGUGCAUUGGUUGCACACGCAAAGCAAGACUGAAACCCUGGGAAAACAGCAACGAGCUCAUGUCUUGCAAUAUCUAAGCACAGAAGCAGAAUGAAUGUUUGGGUAAAUUACUUUAAAUCAAGCAUUACUCUAAAUAUUUUACUUUCAUAACAAAUGCUCUCAAACCAGGUGUGUGUGUGUGUGUGUGUGUGUAUGUGUGUUAUAUAUAUAUAAAAAGAGAGAAAGACGGAGAGAGAGAGAGAGAGAGAGAGAGCAUUCUUCCAUAAAGGUUAAAUGUCACCUUUGUAAAAUAAAAUCGAUGAUGAAACUUGCCUCGAAUGUCUGGUGACACACACAGAAGAAGAGACAGAAACUUUUUAAUUAUUAACAAUGUCGGCAUAUACUAUACAUUGUUUACAAUUAUGUUUACAACUAUCUUUCAUGAAGCAUCAGACUGGAAAUACGACCAGACCAAUUCCAAGGCAGCCAUUUUGAUAAGGACCUGCCUUUGAAUUUGAGCUGUCAGUAUUGUAAUAAAAUGGCCACUAUAAAACCUUCUGAGAUACAAACAUAAUGCUAAAAGAAUGCUGAAAUAAAUGUAUAGCACAUUUAGUAUAUUAUGUCAGAAUUAUAUUCGGCGAGUUGUACGUUGGAAUCACGUAAAAUUUACGCAAGCUCGCUAACAUGUCAAAUUUGACUGCACAACAACAACAACAACAACAACGCUGAAAACACUUGAAAGCUAACGGUAUAUACAACGUAGUAGUAACGUAACUCUUUCAUUAAAGACGAUAAUAUUCGGAGUACAGUAGUUUCACAGGAACGCUGUCUCGACCACAAAUAAAUAAACAUAACGGACAGAUAACGGGUAGCCGGAAGUGUUCCAAGGUCCGGAAACGACCAAUGUUAAAAUCUCACACGUCACUCGUUCUUUCUAAACCACCACAGACCGUCCAAAAUAUUUUAGCCGAUAAAAAAAAGGCAAACGCAAAAUAAAAAGUCAUCGGUCGUAAUACCAUUUGAUGCAUUUUUCACAGGAUACAAGUACGAUAACUGCAUCUGUUUUAUAAUAUAAGGGACACUCGGUCUCAUGCUAUCGCAGCUCGGUUGCAGUGGAAACAAGAGUCUGCUAACUAGCUGUAGCUAGAAGGCUAACCACUGGAAAACAGCGCAGGGCUGCUGGGGAACAUGCACAAGGGGGGCAGGGUGGGAGUCAGUAUAGCAGGCCCUGUUCAUCUUGACCAGGCUAAAAGAUGGAUGCGUAGGUAAAAAGGCCUAUUUUAUUGUCUCGACUGUGAUUUCAUUAUUUGAUUCAUGCACAAUAGGACAGUUUUGCUCCUGCAUUAUCUGGCUUGCUGUUGUUAAAUCGCGCAUCAUGACGGCAAGCUAAGCUGUGUGUCCCUUUGCUGAAUUUGUUGUAUUAGCCAGCUGUUUUGCAUGCUAACAUGUUACACAUAGCCCCAGCGCUAAACGAUUUCGCGUCCAUUAACACUCUGAAGAGCGUUUUUAAAGUGCUAUUAAAUAUCGAAGUGCAUUUCCCCCAUCCUACACUGUUUUGUUCUCCUAUUACUCCGGAUUCCGUAGAAAUUGACAUUUUCUUUUCUUUAGCGAGAAGCGAUGCAAUCGGAAGAUGUAAUAAGUGCAUGAAAUUCACCUCUAACCCUGACGAUUCACACCGCGCUCAGCAUCUUUUCAGCACAAUGCCAGUAAGAAGAGGAGUGGCAUAAAGAACAUUUUCACUGCCCCCAAGAAUGGUAGUUGAGGAUUUUGCUUCCAGCUAUAGAAAAAAAGAAAUAUAUAUUAAUUGAAACUUGGAAACGGAGAUGUAAGCCACUUUUGCUAGAGUGGAUUAAUAAUGAAUAGAUAAUGGAUGUAAUGAAACCAGCCUACCAGUCCUACUGAACUAAAAAAUGUAACCAAGAAAGUGGAAAGUUUUCAAUGAACUCUGACAACAUUUAGCACUUUUAGUGCAUUUCCCAAAAUGUGAAAACAUUAUUGCAUCUGAUGCAGUUGUGGGAUUUUUUUUUUCUAUCAGUCCAUAUGUCUUUUCACACUUAUGGAACAUUCAGACUGAAAUAUUGAUAUCAAACUUCAACUAAGAUAACUAUGAUUAUGUGGAAUCUUAUGUGAACCCAAAAGGGGAGUCGACUUUGGUCAUCUCGUAAGUGACAAAUCCCAUUGAAAAACAGCCUCUUGCAGGAAUUACAAAUUCAUGUAACAAACAAUACAAAAUGUCCACAUUGAUUACUUCCCCGAAGAGUGAGAAUGUGGAUGGCCACUUUAAAUGAAAUGUGAGGUAGCACUAUUUUUGAAAAUGCUUCUGCUGCUUCUGGCCACAACUCCGUAGAAAAGCAUCAUAGAAACAUUGUUGCUGCUCAGAGAGCAGAAGGUGUUGCCAUUGCGCACCCAUGUUUCAGUAACUGGGAGAUGUUCCAGUUUGGAAAAUACAAUGUGGACAUCAUAGAGAUGCUGAGUGGACACCAAUCCCAUCAGUUCAAAAGUCUUGGAUUAGAGCGACAACUUCAACACCAACAGCAAGUGCAACUUCACCAACACCAGUUACAGCAGCAAGGUGAGACAUCUGGGUCAAUUUUGUCUGGACUUGGCUUAGGCUCACUACAAGCAUCUAGAGGCAGUGCCUUUACAGAUUCAGCAUCAAUUUUUGCAAAAAUGAGUGCACCUCCUCCAUCUCUGCCCCAGCAAUCCCUCUCUUCAUCCUCUCAAGGUUUGAGGAAAUCCAGCAAAAUGUCUGGAAACAGCAGUAGUAGUGGUGGAGGUCAUGUGAGUGGAUACCCCCAGUUUUUGCGCUCAUUUCACCCUUCUGAGGCAACCCUUGCACAAGAGCAGUUACAUUCAGGAGUAGGGCGAUUUGAUCAUUUUGCCAGCAAUAGUGGAAGUGGAGGUACUGGAGGGGCAAUUGGAGGACUGGUUUCAUCUGUUCCACCACCACCACCCCCAUUGCAUCCUGGCCUGUCAGUACCUCAGGCCUCCCCUGGUCCACCGUCUUCCUCCCCAUCUCCUUCAAGUUCUGUUUCAACUUCCAAUAACCCUCCCAGCAGUAGUGCAGUAACUACCUUUAGUCAUCAGUUAGCAGGAUCUCAGUCUGACGCCCGAAGCCUACAUCAACAGUUUAGCUGUAUGUUAGCCGCAAAUCAGUAUUUUCUUUCCGGAGUACCAGCCAAUUCCAGUCUAGAACAAUUUUUAGUUCAGCAAGGCAGUCAUAACCAUCUUGGUCUUGGUCUGGGCCAAGCUGCAGGAGAAACAAGUUCAGCCCUUGCGCCACCCCCCGCUCUUCAUUCUUCACACACUCAUGGUCACUCAACUACUCUAUCACAGCCUCAACAGCCACCAUCACAACAGCAGCAACUGCCACCUCACACUUUGUCUCACCCUCACCCAUAUCCACACCAUACGCUGCACUCCUCAUCGCAACCUUCUUCGCUCGGAGGUUUUGACUUUCAAGGAAUUCCAGUACUCUCUUCAAACCAGCUAGCAUCUCUAAUGCAGCAGGAAGCUGGUUUGCCGCUUCCACUUCCUCUACACCUGUCUUUAUCAAAAGAGGAGGGUAAAGGUGAUAGUGCUUUCGGAGGAAGUGCUGGUGGGAGGAGAAAGAAAGCCAUGGCUGGCUACCUGCCACAGAGAAAGCCUGAAAACAGCAACAACAACAGCAGCAGCCCUACAAACCCCAACAGUAGUACUUCAGAGGGACUCAACCAAGAGAAUUCACCAGGCUUGGAUGGAGGUGGGGGUGUUAGUUUGUCAGGUAUUGGCAGAGACCCUUCUUCUCACCUAACCUCAUCGUCCUCUACUUCUGUUGUCUUAUCAUCUUCUGCAUCCUCUUCUACAUCAGCAUCCAUCUUGGUGACAAAUGGCUCCAAAACAGGCAGCCAUGGUACCAUGCCACCUCAUUCUCAGCCUGAACAAGAACCCCUUUAUCAUUGUGGUGAGUGUGGCAAAACUUUCACACAUCUCUCUAGUCUGCGGAGGCACCUACGUAGUCAUGAGCUAACCACAGCUGGCACAAGUGGCACGAGAAGUAACAUUUUAAACCCAGUUCUGCAUCCCUCCGAUCCAAGUAUUCCCCACUCUACUCAAGAGGGCACAGCCUCAUCUUCGUGUGGUAGUCUUGACAAGACUUUUCAUUGUUCUGAGUGUGGAAAAGGUUUUAAGAAAAAGGGGCACUUACUGCAACAUGGUGUCAUCCACUCUGGCGCACGGCCCUAUGCCUGCACUACUUGUAGUCGUGCUUUCAAUCGUCGGGAGUCACUCACCCGCCAUGAAAAAAUACAUGAAGAGAAACCAUUCCGCUGUCCAGCUUGUGGUCGCUGUUUUCGGGAAAGUACAUCCCUUUUGAACCAUGCAGCCUCGGGCACCUGUGGCAAGACAGGCCGUGCACCAAGACCUAAGCAUGAAAGUAAUAUAGAAAACAGGAGCAAUAAAGCUGGGGGCUCCCAAGAUGGAAUAGCAACUAAUGCAGUGGGUUCUUACCGGAGUGAUGAUUUCAGAGAUGACUACAAGGACCAGCGCUCUCAAAGUAACUUGUACUCUGGAACAACCCCAUGUGGUGGUGGCAGCAUGACAGGGCCCCCACUUAGGAAGACACCAUUAGCUCCUACUCUGCAUCCACACCCACAAAACCAAAGUCAGCAUCAUCAUCAAGAGCCACAUCUCCCGCUUUCUUCCCUGUUAGAGGACUCUGAAGAUGAUGUAACUAGCUCUGUCAACAGUGCCAUUUCUGCUAUUAAUGCUGCAGCUGCAAAUUCUAUGAGUGGUGAUCUUGCCCAUAGUGGAGGUAGAGGAGAUGAUCGAAGAGAUAUCAUUGGUGGAUUGCUUGGAGGUCUGGGUCUAGGGCCUCUUGCCUCACCUAGUGGUCCGUUAUUAACAUCUGUCCUGGAAAAGUCCUAUAGAGGAAGUACUGACUCAAAUGCAGUGACCCUCAACCAGCAAACAAAUCCGCAUGCACCUGGUGGAAAGCCCAAGCGCCCUCGUAAGCCUCGCAAGAAGAAUGAACCUGGGGUGGUUGGUGCUGAGCCUCCUAAAAGGAGGCAGCCCUCUCACAGACCAAGAGUUCCUGUUGGUGAUGUUAGACCGUAUUUGUGUAGCCUCUGUGGUCGAGGAUUUGCAAGAAGAGAGACCUUGCGGAGGCAUGACAGAGUACACACAGGAGAAAAGUCUCACCAUUGUACUGUGUGUGGCAAGUACUUCAGAGAGGCAUUUCAUCUUAGCAAGCACCACACAGUUCAUUCUGGAGAGAAGAACUACAGGUGUAUUCUAUGUGGGAAGGACUUUGGAUAUGCUCAGAGCCUUAAAAGACAUGGCAAGCUACACCAGAAAGGAGAAAUUGAAGAAGUGCCAACAACGCCAGGUGGGGAAAACCUUAACAGCUAUCCAUCCUCUGGUGGCAGCUUGAUUCAAGGGGGUCAAAGCAGCUCUUCUUCAUUUUAUUCAUACACUCAAGAUGUCAAACAACAGACAACAACCACUCAGCCACCUCCUAGACUCUACACAUGUGCUAUAUGCUGGAAAUCGUUCCGCCAUCACUUUCACUUGACGGCACAUCACCAAACUGUUCAUGAGGGUGGUGGAGAAAAGCUGUUUUCUUGUGAGGUUUGUGGUAAGGCUUUUGCGUACUCUAACAGCCUUACACGACACAGGCUUUCACAGCAUGGCUUAACACGGACUGGCCAGCCAGUCCCUCAGAGGAGUACAGGGGAAGACAACAGUGUUGGUGGUUCAAUAUCUGAAAGUGAAGCUGCUACAAAUGCUUUGCUUCAUAUUGCGCCACCUUGUGGCACACAUGCUGAACAACAUGGAGUUCUUCAUAGCCAGCAGGCUCCUCCCCAAACACAAGCUGGCUACUCCCCUCUGUUCUAUAUACCCAAUACCAAUGUUUCACACACUUCUUCAUCUAAUGCCUCCUCUUAUUCUCAUUCUCUGCCGUCAACUUCCUCAGGGCCUCUUCUUUGUAACCAUCAGCAACAACACACUGGGAUAAAGGGUGAACCCAUUUAUCACACUGGUCAUGGGCAUACUCUUACUCCAGACAUACCUGUGCGUUCUCUCAUGUUGCCUCCAUCAGAUCCACAUCAGCAACACCACAACCCCCAGCAGCAUUCAGAUGAGAUUCAAUCUACACAACACCACACUUUUCAAAGCCAAGAGGAGUCGAGGAGACGGAAGAAAAAAAAAAAAAGACUGCAGGAGAGAGAGGAGAUAGGCUACAAAUGGACCCCGGCGCAAAAAGUAGAGAGAGACCAGGUGGAGAUCUCCCUUGGGGAAAGGCAGAGAAAUAAGAGAAGAAAAUUUAAGAGAAAAAGGAGAACCGUUCACAGGACACAACAUAAAAUUAAGAAUCGCAUGGCUGUGCUCGUGAGAAUCAGACAUGGAAGUGGAGGAAGUGCAGUGUAUGAACUGGGCCUUCCAGGUGGACUGAAGGUUAACAGGCUUCGGUCCCUCAAAGUUCCUCAGAAACGAAAGCCCUGUCCCCUUUGCCUUGGUGUUACCUUUUCUCAACAGGUAGCCCUUAAAGUUCAUAUAGCAGCUAGACAUUGUCCUAAAGUGAGAGGCCUUCAGCAUCGUUUGAAAUGUCCAGUUUGUGGAAAACAGUCUCGCAAGUUCCUUUCAGCUCUCAUUCACAGAAGCUCUCAUUUAGCCAACAGAGCUUUUUCUUGUAAACAUUGUCCAUGUCGUUUCUGGAAUGCAAUGCUCCUCACACGGCACAAGAAGGUGUGUCGAGGGACGUUGGCAAAGUUUCAACGAAAUAGGGCUCUUUGUGUUAAAUUAGUCAUGGGAUCAGCAUACAGAAGGUUUGAGUGUAAACGGAACUCUUCUUCCUUGCAUAUGGAAUAUAGUCACUAAGUUUUGCCGUUAAACUCAUUUCCAUAUGCACUUUGAGAACAGAAGUGUUGCGAUUUUCACGAGAAGAACUGAAAAUGUUUACUGAAUACAUCUUAGGCUCAUGUAGGCAUUGACUUUGGUUUUAUGAGAGCAUUUUUAUUUCUCUCUCAUUCAUAUUAUAUUUCCUCUUGUAACUUUGACCCCUGAAAAUGAACACCUUCAACAAACUCACAGAUGUAUCAAAGACAUUUGUUUUAAUGAAAUGCUUAGCCUACCCAUCUAUCCAAUACCCCACUGGUCUUCUAAGAGGAAACUCUUGUUCAUAUUGAAAUGAUCCUUGGCUGGCAGUAGAUUCAGUUUCUGUGAUUUGGCGAAUAUUGUACUGUGCCCUUAAAGUAGGCUAUUGCUCACCUCAAUAGAUGCUCUGUAGAAUUAUUCUGUCUAUGGUAUAUAUUGUGUUGUUGGUCUUCACUUAGAGCAAGUGUGGAGAUGUGAUUUUGUUAAUGUAAAAAGUGCAUUCAGUAUCAGAAGGAGAAAAAGGGUCCUGCUAGGAGUAUGUGUAUUUUAUUUUAAGGAGUAUUUAAAUUACUGCAUGUUGGACAUUAAUGUCUAUGCGUUGACCAGUCAACAUGUGUGAUGAGUCUGUGGACUUUGAUAGGAACAUGACAAAUCCAAUUGGAGAUUUAUCUUAACUCUUAAUAGAGGAAACAUAAUAAAUGAAUGCAUAAUAAUGAUACAUGCUUAGGGCUCCAGACUAUUUGAGAGUAAAGCAAUGAGCUUGAGUUGGCAAGCACACAACAUUUACUUUCAUUAACAACAGUUAUGUGCAAAAUUAAAUAUUUUAUGGAAAAUGUAUAUAUUCUACUCUUAUUAUGGUUAUCAAAGGAGAGCUUUUUACUUGCUUUGUCUGAUUCAGUAGCAAAUUUAAGAAAAGUUUGUUUUUCACAUUCAAAAGAAAAUGCAAAAGAGUGGAAAUCAAUAACUAAUAAGCUAAAAAGUGAUGAUCUUCUGCCAUCUACUGGUUACAAUGGUAAUUUGAUUUUUUUUUUUAUUUUAAUAAGAGUUUGUUUAUCACAAAGUAAAUUUUGGACAUCCCAUUAAAAUAAAAUUUAAAUUGGAUCAUUUUAAGAGCUUUAAAGUGCUGUAAAUGGUUGUGUUAAAUACUUGAAAGUCAUUGAAAAGUGCUUGAACUCUCUCUCAAAAGGUUGUACAAACCUUACAAUUGAUAAUAAAAAUAACAUUUGACUGCCUGCCACAACACCAUGGUUAUAGUUAGAGUUACUUCUUCUGAUUUUCAAUAUCAGCGCUGUUUGAUCACUUUAGAACAAACGCUUCUCAUUGGAUCUCGCAGUGCUGUGCAGAUCAAUUCUGGUUCCCGAGUAAACCUCUGAGCUUCUGAGUUUCUGCAGCGCUCAGUUUUUGGUCCGAGCUGAUAAACGUUUCGUUACACAUUUGCUGUUUGAUGUUUCUCAUAUGCAACAGAAAUGGCAGUUGAGCAACGCUGUGGUCGCACCAGUGGUCAAAAAUGGUCGCAGUCUGGAGCCCUGAUGCUGGUGAACAAUUCUUAAUAUCAAAUGUGAGCCCUGUUUUGAUUUAUUUACUGUUCUUAAAGAAAACCAUCGUAAAGAAGGUAACGCCAGAAUUUAACAAAAACAAUUUUUCCCUACAUAGCCAGUCAAAGAACAAAAAAAUGUAAUACUGUCAGAUUAUUUAAUUAUCUCAGAUUGUUACAGUUAAAACACAUUUAUAAUAAAAUAAAAUAAAAUGUAGCUUAAGGGUGGAAUGUAAAGAAAUAUGUGUAUUGUAAUGUAAAUUGUGUCAAUAUUUUAUUCUGUUUUUUCAAGCAAAAGUCAAUUAUCUUUUUAUCAUAGCUACACUUCAGGUAGUUGGAAGAGUGAUUGUAAGAGUUAACACUUUAGAUCAGGUUUUGAUUAAGUGUAUAAAUGUGUGACAGUCUGUUCACUUGCCAACUAUAUAUCCCAUGUACUUUUCUCACCUUUUACGUAGAGAUGCCAAUCUACUUAUAGCCUCUCGUUUUCUUUAAAAGAAGAAAAGUAAUUCUUAUUGUUUUUAUCACUUUAUUAACACAUUAUAAGCUGGUUGCUGAAGAUACCUUAAACAUUUAAUAAAAUGUAAAAAUGUUAUAUCCUCA